GGCUGAUGUCAGUCAGUGUGGGCGGGGCUUGGACUUUAUAUAAAGCAGCUGAUGCAGCUCAGACUAAGAGACUAAACAGGACUUUACAGAUCUGAUAGCAGGAUGUUGCUGCAGCCUCUUUGGACCUUCCUCCUGGGACACUCCUCCCUCCUGCUCUCACCAUUCUUCCCCGUUAUCUUCUCGCUGUCUGUCUAUCUGUCCUUCUGUCUGCCCUUCCUGGUGCUGGACGUGCUGUCCUCCAGGUGGGCCCUGGUGCGCAGGUACAAGCUGCAGCCUCAGAGCUCCGUCAGCUGGGCCUCAGUGCGGAGCUGCCUGGCUCUGACACUCUACAACCACCUGGUCUUCAUCUUCCCCCUCACGGUGCUGCACUGGUACCUGCGGCCCGUCCACCUGCCCGAGGAGGCCCCGCCCCUCCCUCGCCUGCUUGUUCAGGUGCUGGUCUGCCUGCUCCUCUUCGACUUUCAGAGCUUCAUCUGGCACCUGCUGCACCACAAAGUGCCCUGGCUCUACCGCAACUUCCACAAGGUGCACCACACCUACACCUCCACCUCCGCCCUCACCGCAGAGUACUCCGGCGCCUGGGAGACCCUGAGCCUGGGCCUCUUCGCCGCUGCCAACCCGCUGCUGCUGGGCUGUCACCCGCUCACCGAGCUGGCCUUCUUCCUGGUCAACAUCUGGCUGUCGGUGGAGGACCACUGUGGCUACGACCUCCCGUGGGCCACCCACCGCCUGGUACCGCUGGGGCUGUACGGCGGGGCCCGCCACCACGACCUCCACCACCUCAAGUCCAAGUACAACUUCGCCCCGUACUUCACCCACUGGGACCGGCUGGCCGGGACGCUGUGCACACACCAGGACUGAGAGGAUCUGGCUUCAAAAUGAGUUUCUGAUUGUGACAUUUCUGGACCAAUCCGUUUCUGAUUGAUCAGCUUCUGAACUCAUGGAGAAGUUUGAGAAUUUGAACUGUUUCAGAGGAACUAGUUUCUGUGCAGCUUCAUUGCUGUUCAGACUCGUCUUUUACAUUAAAAGACUGAAAAACACUUUAUAAUAUAUUUAUAAGCAUUUAUUUAUUUAUUUAUUUAUUUAUUUAUUUAUUAACUUUAAUCCGGAUGGAUUUACUGUGUAAUUUUAAAAAAACUAACACCUGAGAAUACGAUUGUAGGAUUUAAAGGCGUUGGUGUCACAGUGUACUACUGAGCAUUAAUUAUUCUUCAUCAUAUAGUUAUUCACAGAUGUUGUUCAUUUGCAGUUGUGUUGCAUUAAGACGACAGAUUACAGAUAAAAGACUGAACUGAGGAAGUGUUUCGAAGGUGAAAUGAAAAAAGUCUGUGUUGAAAAUGUGAAAGAAAAAGAAAGUUUUUGGAAGGAAACGUGACUGAAAAUGUGAAUGAUGACUGAAUGAAAUGUGAAACAGUAUUUUUAUCACUGAGAAUAAACUUUAUC